UGUUGCUAUCAGAGAGCAGCUGCAGUACCUGGGGCCGCUGGAGCCUCCACCCCUUCCCCUCCAAACACCAGCCCUCAUCUUCCCCAUGACUCCUGAACGCUGGAGUUAUUCGUCAGUGUUGCAGGGUGGUCCUCCAGGCUGUUCAUCGAGGAGGAGGAAAAGUGCGUCCAGAUGCCAGUGAGGCACAGCUGUGCGGCGUCAACGCGCGUCAAAACGCUCCGCAACUCAGAAAAGCGCACUUUCUGAAACUCCGCGUGCAGUUGGAAACUCGCUGAGGACUGGGAUAUAUCAUGCCACACGGUUCGGAGGAAGUCUAGCCAACUUGGAACGAAUGCAUUUGCAACUUGUUGAUGUGAUGCGGGGCGUGUGAAGCGGCUGUUUACGCGGAACAGCACCAUGAUCUCCUGUCAACAGGUAAGAGUCCUGACGCACGAGCUGCUGCUCUGAGGGGACUCAAGCAUGUCUGAGGAGAACUGAGGAACCUGUCCUGACCAAACAGAGCUGCGCCAGAUCUUCGGGAUUAUACAGUGCUUCACUUUGAUUACUAUGAGGACUAGACUGAACUGAGUGCAGGCUCCAGAGGGCCGGAGCGGAUCAUGUGCUGUGGCCGAACUCUACAGAAACACUGGACCUGAAGAAACUAAGCAGAUUUCUCAAUUCAGCACCUGAUCUCUCUUAUAUUGUGAUAUGAUGGCCUCGGAGGUGGUGUGUGGACUCAUAUUCAGAUUGCUCCUGCCAGUCUGUCUAGCCGCAGCAUGUUUGUUCCGGUACAACUGGCUGUCCUUCGUCUACCUCAUCUUCCUCUUACUCAUCCCACUCUUCGCCGAGCCGACAAAGACGACAAUGCAAGGGCACACGGGGCGCUUGCUGAAAUCCCUGUGCUUCACCAGUAUGACGUUCCUGCUGCUGCACAUCAUCUACCAAAUCACAAUCAACAGUCUGUUAGCAGGAGACAACAUCGAGCCCAACUUCAACUGCUCAUCAUGGGAGAGAUCGAUACGACAGCUGGGCUUUGAAAGUGUCCGAGGUGCAGACGCCGGGAACGGCAUCCGAGUGUUCAUCCCGGACAUCGGCAUGUUCGUGGUGGGUCUGGUCACGUGGCUCCUGUGCCGCAGUCUGGAGAAGCCGCCGCUGAAGGACGUGUCUCAGCACAACAGUGACUUUGAGGUGGACGAUCAGGAAAAAGAGGAUGAGGAAGAAGACAAGAAAAGUGAGAAACUGGAGCUUGAGGAUGAGCUGCUGUUUGAAGACUUCGAGCUGGGAGAUGAAGACUGUGAACUUCCUGAGGAAGAGGAAGUGGAUGUAGAGGAUGGAGAACUUGAGGAGGCCGACGUCGAAGAAAGCACCAAAAUGAAGAUCCUGCGGCAAAUAGCAGACGUGGCGUCCAAACUCAAAGAAAUCGUUGGCAAUCUGAUUACCACUGCAGGAAAAGUAGUCGUAACCAUAUUAUUGGGCCUCACAGGUAUGAUGUUGCCUUCUCUGACCUCCACUGUGUAUUUCUUCACCUUCCUGGGCCUGUGCACCUGGUGGUCUUUCUGCCGCACGUUCGACCCGCUGCUCUUCAGCUGUCUGUGUGUCCUGAUGGCCAUCUUCAGCGCCGGACACCUCAUCAUGCUCUACCUCUACCAGUUCCAGUUCUUCCAGGAGGCCGUUCCGCCCGGAAACAUUUACGCCAGUCUGUUUGGCAUCUCUCCUGUGGUUCAGACGGACUGCUCUCACACCUGGAUGUUCAGAGUCAACCCUGAUCUGGAGUGGCACCACUUUGUCAAUCCCAUCAUGCUCUUGGUGCUGUAUUACACUCUGGCCACGCUCAUCCGCCUGUGGCUGCAGGAGUCAGAAGACAUGCAGGUCAAAGAGAAGGAGGGAGAGACCGAGGGACGAGAGGAACCAGAAUCUCCUGAAAGCGAUAAUGUCGUUUACACCGCAGAGAAGAAGAGACAGCUGUGGAGAAUGGCUCAUUAUCGCACAGAUGAGAGACACCUGCUCACCACACGAGAUGGCCAUAGCACACCCGAGGUGUUGAUCGUGACGUCAAACGGAGCCUCGCUGGACUUCACGUCAGUCGCUCAGGAGAACGGGCCGAGGUCUGUGGAGCUCUACUCUACCCCUCAUUACAGAGCCGAGUCUGAUGCGCAGAAAAUCGACUGCGGCGUUUACAAGAUUGACUCGACGUAUGUUGAGCUUCCCGAGGUUCCCCGGCCGUUCGGUGUUGUUCGUGUGAACGCGGCGGUCAAGGCCUUCAGGUUCAUCAUGAAGCAGAGCUACAUCUGUGCUCUCAUCGCCAUGAUGGCUUGGAGCAUCACGUACGUGAGCUGGCUGACCUUCGUCUUCCUCAUCUGGUCCUGUAUUCUGUGGAUGGUGAGGGACCGGAGGAAAUACUCCAUGAUCACCUCUCCGUUCAUGGUGUUUUAUGGGAACUUGCUCAUCAUCCUGCAGUACAUCUGGAGCUUCGAGUCGCUGCAGCCGGUUCCUGGGCUCUUCCUGAAGAAAGAAGUGCCUUUCCGGGAGCUGGGAUCUAAAACUUUGUGUCUCCUCAGUUUCUGGCUGCUGUUGAGGCAGUUUCUGACUGAGAGGAGAGAGCGACAGACGGAUGAAACACAGCUGUCUGACGUCAAAGUGGAGGGACACACAAUCGGUCAGUCCACCUGUACAGAAACAACUCCUUUACCGAUGUAACUAAGACCAUAAAAAACAUCAAAUCAGAGAAUUUAAACUUGUUUUAUUUCAG